CUCGUUCGAAUCCUCUCUGCCAGUGCGAGUCGGACGGUCACUCGGUGUGGCUCGGUGGAACGCUCACACAACCUCUGGGCUCUGGACGGCGAUCUGUGCAAGUGACUCCGGGGCGAGUACGUUUGUGCGGCAGGGACAGUCGGGCAACUCAGCAUCCAAAGAAGGUGUGUGUUUGGGCGUGUGUUGGGUUGAACGUGAGGAGAGCAGUGGCAGUGGGAACGCUGGGAAGAACGGCCGAGGAGACCACAGAUCAAUAACGAACACAAAACCCGCUGCGGACGACGCGACUCGUCGCCAUUCCAAGCGCAUACAACCACUCGUAUCAUAAACACGCCACCAUGAGCGCCGAGGCGCCGCCACCAGCCCCAGCACCGACAGCAUCUGCAUCUGCGCCGACCCCACCCCCAGGGCUGCGCGACGCCCUGCUCGAUGCGCUCAAAGACCUCCCGGGCAGGCGCACGCUCCACCUGCACGUCCUCGUCUCUGCGCCGAAGCGGAACGCGUCCCUCUUCCCGUUCGUGCACCCGCGCCCGCGCGUGUAUGCGCAGGAGAUCCUCGUGCUGCUCUCGGAGCACUCGGAGGGCUCGACGGAGAAGGAGGCGGACGACAAGCCAGACGCACAGCCGACUCAACCUGAACCUGGCGCUUCUCAAACUCAGACUGAGACGCACGCACACGCCCCCGACACGCCCUCGCACCCACCACGCAACCUCGUGAGCGCGAUCUCCGCAACACUUUUCCACCUCCCGCACACGUCCUCGGCGCUGCUCUACGUGUCCAAAGUCGACUCGACGGGGCACGGCGACGUGCGGCCCGCGCCGACGCGCGCGCUCGUGUGCGCGUUCCUCGCGUUCUACGCGUCCCCACGCACGCGCCCCGCGCCUGUCGCCGGCACGCGGCGGCUGUGGGUACAUGUGUUUGCGCGCGCGCAGGGGCAGUAUUUGUUUCCGAAUUCGGCGGAGUGGACGGGGAAGAGGGUGAGGGAUGGGACGGGGCUUUGUAAGUGGUGGAGGGGCGUGUGUGGGGAGGUUGCGAAGGGGGUGAGGGGAGAGGGUGCGGGUGGUGAGGAGAAAGGGAAGUCGGUGAGGUUGUGGUAUCUUCUGCCGGGGAUGACGGACGUCGAGGCGGCGCAUUCGCUCGGUGUGGUUGGGGAGGCGAACGAUCCUGAUCCUGUUCAGUGGGUGUACGGGAACCCGUACGGAGAGACGGAGCUCGCGUACCCAUGCUCGGUGUCCCAUGCGUCAGUGGCGGGUGUGACUGCGACAGCAACUACAGAAGAUACAGACGCCUCUGGGUCCUCCUCGGGACCCGCAAAGUGGCCGCACCUGGGCUACCUCAUUCCGUCUUUUGACGACGACCCCAAGUCGCGCUUCCUCGAUGAGCUCGCGUACACGACUGACGCAGACGGCGUGCGCUCGCCCGAGCGCAAGCGGCCGCGCCUUGCGAGCGAUCUUGUGCCCAUUGAUCCGCCAGAGGGGAGCCACAAGCCGACGUCUAAGCGGGGCGGCAAGCCCGUUUCGAAGCGGCAGGACGGCGGCGCGGAGAAGGAGAAGGAGAAGGACGACAAGGAGCGCGGGCUCGGCGAGUUGGGGCGCGUCUCGCUCGCGGAGUUCUGGGAGCGGAUGGCGUUCCGGCAGGAGUGCAUCUCGGGCACGGUCACUGGUUUCUUCGUUAUGCUUGUCGAUGCGCCGCCGCUACCGCACGCUCAAACACAAGGGCAGGAGGCAGACCCGGCGGCUGCGAACCCCGGGGAGGUGUCCGCGCAACUGGCAAAGCGGGUGCUAGCGAGUCUGACGAGCGCGCACGAGUUUUCGAGCCCUGCGAGGGGCGCGCGGAGUACGCGGAUAUUGGAGGCUUCGAUACGCGGGUUGUGCGAGGGGCUUUCGAGCGCGUCUGGGCAUGCUAAUGGCAAGGUGGAUGCUGGCAUGACAGGCGGCGAGGAGGUUCAGUCGGCGGCGGCGGAGGACCCAAAGACGCCACCGCGACGAGUUAGGGAGCUAGAUGUUGCGGCAGAGAACGCGUCUCCGGGCGGGCUGGUGGCGGAACCGGUGACGUCGCUCGAGACGUAUUAUAGGUAUAUUUACGGGGAGCGGCGGGUAGAGAAUGCGCCUCUUGGAACUGGCAAGGGCGGAGGAGCCGGCGGGCAGCAGGAGGUGAGGGUGCUUUCUGUGAGACGAAAGAAGAAGAAGGCUAGUUAGAUGGCGGAUCAUUGUAUGAGUAUCGGCGAGGCUUGGGCAGAUACAGUGUACUUGCAAUGGG